GACCACUGCAGAAAAAAGAGAGACAAAGUAAAAAAUUGCUAUACAUCAGUUUCAAAUAUCAGAUGCUUGUAUUAGACAAAGAUAUAAUGUGAGGAAAGAAGAAGUUAAUUAUACACACAUAUCAAUAUAUUAUAUAGUUAUAUAUAUAUAGAGACAGAGGGUGGAGAGAGAGAGAGAGAGAGAAGAGAGAGAGGAAAAGGUAAAGGCUAUGGAGGUGAGAUGUUGAUAUGGACCUCAAAAGUAAAAGAAAAGACUGGAGGAAGAGUCAGGUUCUUCUCUUAGGACUGAUGGAUCUCCCAAGAGAUUCAUGGCUUUGAUUUUUUACCACCUACACCCAUUCAAGAACUUCAAAUCUUGGUAGAAGAAGAAGAAGGUAGCAGAAGAACCAGCAGCUCAACACAAAUUUCCACCUACUUCAACUAUAUGCAUAGAUGAUAGGAAUGCAGUACAAUUCCAACAAAUUUCAAGCCAGAGGUGAUGUUGGUGGGUUUGCUUCGUCAAUCUUUGCUGCUUCUCCUUAUCCACUUCAAACAAUUUGCAAGAAAGAUGGAAGCUUUUCAAUCAAUGAGCCCAUUUCUGUGCUGGAUACAAGGAGUCCAAGCCCCUCCACCUCCACAUCUACUUUCUCCUCUUUCAACAACACCAGCCAACGAGGAAAUAUGGUUGUCAAUGAGCCCACGGCGGCCGCCGGAGGGAAGGCGGAGUGGGUGGCCGACCGGCAGGGUCUUCUUCAUAAUGCUGGCCUGGAGUUGAGCCAUGGAGUUUAUGAAGAUCCUAAUCUUGAGCUUCAAGAUUGGGAGAACUUAUCAGAAUCUUCGGGCAAGCAAAAUGAGAUCUUGAAGCUGAUUUUGCAAGCAGGAAACCAAAAUGAGGUGCAAGGCGUUCUGGGUUUUUCCGCCAUUGACAAGAGCUGUGAAUUUCCUGGUGGUUCAGCCAUUCCACCUGUUGAUAAUGCUUUUCUUAGCUAUAACACUUCCGCUUUAGGCCUCUCUGGUUCUGGGUUUUCAUUGAAUGACCAUAAAGUGAAAACUGAUUUGGAUUCAAAUAGUCUGCUCGUUGACAACAAUGGCAACGAUGCUUUGCAAUCUAUGGCUUCUUACAUAGUUUUUCAACAAGAGUUGGAGACAUUAGACCAGAAAGUUGGGAUUUUUAACCCGCAGGGAGGUCUAAACCCUGUCCCAGUUCGAAAUGCUGCAAAUCAGAACUUAAACCCUUUACUCUUUGGUACUCAGCACGAACAGCAAAAUCAGUUUUAUUCACUGCUGACGCACCAGAAUGUGGGCAGUGUGGCCUCAAAUUUAGGUUCUCUAAACAGUAAAGUUCCAUCACUAGAUCCUGGUCAUCAGUUCUUGCCCAGUAAACAGCAGCAUUUGGCCCAAAUGCUUCAGCCUCCGGUGGCUCCUUUUCAUCGACCUGACAUCAUCCCUCAGCAUCGACUUCAGGAGAUGCCGGUACUGGUGCCGAAGCCUUUGGCAACCCGCGGCUGCAAUGAGCAAAUGGGUGUGAAUCUCCAACAUCAAGAGCAGCAGCAGCAGAUUGUAUAUGACCAGGUCUAUAAGGCAGCCGAGUCGAUGCAGGCUGGAAAUUUCUCUAACGCGCAAGGGAUAUUGGCGCGGCUCAAUCACGUUCUGGCUCCGAUUGGGAAGCCCUUCUUGAGGUCUGCUUUCUAUGUGAAGGAGGCUUUGGAAUUGGCUUUCAUGAUUCCCAGCCAGGUUGCCUCUGUUCCAUCAAGAAUUCCAGCACCUUUUGAUGCCAUGUUCAAGAUGGGUGCUUACAAGGUUUUUUCUGAAGUUUCUCCUGUUAUCCAAUUCAUGAAUUUUACUGCUAACCAGAUCAUUCUUGAAGCCCUCGGUGAUGCCGAACGGAUUCACUUAAUUGAUUUCGAUAUUGGUUUUGGUGCUCAUUGGUCGUCUUUCCUCCAAGAGCUUCCUCUAAAGAAUAGAGGGGCAACAUCUAUAAAGAUUACUGCCUUUGCUUCUCCCUCUACUCACCAUUCGCUUGAGAUUAGCCUUAUGCAUGAAAAUUUAACACAGUUCGCCAAUGACAUAGGACUUAAUUUCGAGCUUGAAGUGGUGAACAUUGAUUCUUUUGAUCCAAACUGUAGCUCGGUCUCCUCUUUGAGGUCUUCAGAGAGCGAGGUGAUUGCUGUGAAUUUCCCAGUCUGGUCUUUCACGAGUUACCUCUCCGCACUUCCUUCAUAUCUUUGCCUUAUGAAGAAACUUUCGCCAAAAGUCUUGGUGUCAUUGGGUCGUGGAUGUGAGCGAGGCGACCUCCCUUUCUCGCACCACAUUCUUCAAACUCUCCAGUACUAUGAGGCUCUACUUGACUCUGUUGAUGCUGCUAAUGUGAAAUCUGAUGCUUCUAACAAAAUUGAAAAGUUUCUUUUCCAGCCUAGGAUUGAAAGCACCGUCUUGGGCCGCCUGGUGCACCCCGACAUAAUUCCACCAUGGAGGAACCUAUUUGCAUCAGUGGGAUUCUCUCCCGCAUCUAUUAGUAGCUUCACUGAAACACAGGCUGAAUGCGUGGUGAAGAGAAUGCAAGUUAGUGGAUUCCAUGCGGAGAGGCGGCAGGCAUCACUCUCGCUAUACUGGAAACAUAGUGAGCUUGUGUCAGUUUCAGCUUGGAAUUGCUGAGCAUUCUUGCUACAUCAAGCAACACAAUCGUUUCUUUAGCAAGCACUACAAGGCCACAAAGGUUUUAGCUUACUCUAUGCUACUUGAACUCGAGCCAAUAUUUGAGCCUCAAUAUUUUCACCUCUAAAUUUGAGCUAUGCAUUGUAAAUUUUUCUUGCUUAGUUAUCAUCUGCUUAUCCAAUGUAGUCUAGACUCUAGCGAAAACUUAUCUAUCGAAUCGUAAUCUUGCCUUCUAA